GGCUGGCCCAGCUGCUGUGUGCCUGUCCCAAUCACAUGCACCAAUGGCAGCACCAGGGAUGGCUCCAGCCCCCGCUUUUCCCUGCCAGGAGGUCUGAGCCGCCCGUGCCAGAGGAGGGGGACCUGGUCCAGACGGCGCGACCUGGGCAAGCUGUGUACGGAGCCACCCCAGGAUCCUGCUGCAGCCACGGCAGUGCCAUGUGGGUGGGCCGGCGCGUGGCGGAGCUGCCGACCCCAGCCUUCGUGGUGGACGAGGCGGUGGCGAGGAGGAACGCAGAGCGGAUGCUGCAGCGCUGCGGGGCGCUGGGCUUGCGCCUCCGGCCUCACAUGAAGACCCACAAGACGCUGGAGGGCGGAGAGCUGAUGACGGGCGGCAUGCGCCGGGGCAUCGUGGUGUCCACGCUGGCCGAAGCCCGGUUCUUCGCCGCGGGCGGCUUCGACGACAUCCUCUACGCCUACCCACUGCCCUUCGACAAGCUGGAGGAGUGCGCGGCGCUGGCCCAGCACCUGGAGGCCUUCCAGGUCUUGGUAGACAGCCGGGACGCCCUGGCACAGCUGCAGAGGAGGCGGCUGGCUCACGGCGCGCGCUGGCUGGUGUGGAUGAAGCUGGACUGCGGGAACGGCCGAGCCGGCCUGAGGCACACGGACCCCGGCGCCCUGGAGCUGGCCCGGGCAAUUGCGCAGGAAGCCCCGGAGGAGGUGGCGCUGGCUGGCAUCUACGCACACUGCGGCAACACCUACGGCUGCAGCGGCGUGCCGGAGAUCCAGGCUGUGGCCCAGGCAACCACCACCGCCAUGCUGGAGUUCGUGGGCACGCUCUGCAAGGCAGGCGUGGCGUGCCCUGCGUCCAGCGUCGGCUCCACCCCGUCCUGCAGUCACCCCGUGGCCGACAUGGGCAGGCUCACCGAGGUCCACCCUGGGAACUACAUCUUCUGCGACCUGCAGCAGGUGACGAUUGGGUCUUGCCAGCUGGAGGACGUCGCCAUCCGGGUCCUCACCAGGGUGAUCGGCCACUACCCGCAUCGCAACCAGCUCCUGGUGGACUGCGGCUGGGCCGGGCUGAGCCUGCACGGCCUGGGGCAGCUGCCCACGGGCUACGCGCUCGUCGAGGGCCACCCGGACCUGAAGCUGGUGGGAAUGACCCAGGAGCACGGCCACGUCGAGCCCGUCACAGGGGUGCUGGACUUCGGCAAGUUCCCCCUGGGCAGACUCCUCGCCUUGAUCCCGUACCACGCCUGCGCCACCGCAGCCAUGCACCCCGUCUACUACGUCCACGCCGAGGGCAAGGUCGUUGCCACGUGGAAGCCCGUCAGGGGCUGGUAGGAGAGCGAUGGCGGCA